CCGCCGCGGCCGGUCCACUGCUCCCCGCGAGCCACACUGCCCGCCGGGGCUCUGAGCGGCGCGCGGCGGGGCCGGGAGCCAGGGAGCCGCCGAGGACAGCGGCGGCCCCGGGACGGCGGCCGUGCGUGGAUGCGGCGGGAGGCGGGAGCCGCGAGCAGCCCCGGGGCGCCCUAUGGCUUGAAGAGCCUGGUCACCCAGUGGCCCCGCUGCCCCAAUGGAUCCACUGAACCUGACCUGGUACGAGGAUGACCUGGAGAGCCAGAACUGGAGCCGGCCCUUCAAUGGGUCCGAAGGCAGGGGCGACCGGCUUCACUACAACUAUUAUGCCAUGCUACUCACCCUCCUCAUCUUUAUCAUCGUCUUCGGCAAUGUGCUGGUGUGCAUGGCUGUGUCCCGUGAGAAGGCGCUGCAGACCACCACCAACUACCUGAUCGUCAGCCUCGCUGUGGCUGACCUCCUUGUUGCCACACUUGUCAUGCCCUGGGUUGUCUACAUGGAGGUGGUAGGUGAGUGGAAAUUUAGCAAGAUUCACUGUGACAUCUUCAUCACCCUGGAUGUCAUGAUGUGCACAGCGAGCAUCCUGAACCUGUGUGCCAUCAGCAUAGACAGGUACACAGCUGUGGCCAUGCCCAUGCUCUACAACACACGCUAUAGCUCCAAGCGCAGAGUCACUGUCAUGAUCGCCAUCGUCUGGGUCCUGUCUUUCACCAUCUCCUGCCCACUGCUCUUCGGGCUCAACAACACAGACCAGAAUGAGUGCAUCAUCGCCAACCCCGCCUUCGUGGUCUACUCCUCCAUCGUCUCCUUCUACGUGCCCUUCAUCGUCACGCUACUUGUCUACAUCAAGAUCUACAUGGUCCUCCGGAAGCGCCGCAAGCGGGUCAACACCAAGCGCAGCAGCCGCGCUUUCAGGGCCAACCUGAAGGCUCCGCUCAAGGGCAACUGCACUCACCCCGAGGACAUGAAACUCUGCACCGUUAUCAUGAAGUCUAAUGGGAGUUUCCCAGUGAACAGGAGGAGAAUGGACGCUGCCCGUCGAGCCCAGGAGCUGGAGAUGGAGAUGCUGUCCAGCACUAGCCCUCCAGAGAGGACCCGGUACAGUCCCAUUCCACCCAGCCACCACCAGCUGACCCUCCCCGACCCAUCGCACCACGGCCUCCACAGCACUCCUGACAGCCCUGCCAAACCAGAGAAGAACGGGCAUGCCAAAAACCACCCCAGGUUUGCCAGGUUCUUCGAGAUCCAGACGAUGCCCAAUGGCAAGACCCGGACCUCACUCAAGAGCCUGAGCCGCAGGAAGCUGUCCCAGCAGAAGGAGAAGAAAGCCACUCAGAUGCUUGCCAUCGUGCUAGGCGUCUUCAUCAUCUGCUGGCUGCCCUUCUUCAUCACCCACAUCCUGAACAUACACUGUGACUGCAACAUCCCGCCCGUCCUGUACAGCGCCUUCACGUGGCUGGGCUAUGUCAACAGCGCCGUCAACCCCAUCAUCUACACCACCUUUAAUAUUGAGUUCCGCAAGGCCUUCAUGAAGAUCCUUCACUGCUGACCAUGCUGCCCGCCUGCCCAGCAGCCUGCUUCUCAUGUCCCUGCCUGGGCCGGCCGGGCCUCGGGCCCUGGGAUCCAGGGGCAGGAGGGCACUGGGUGUUAGGCCCAUUCUAUGCCCUCGCAGGCCCUGCAGUGUUAGCUUGGCACCAUGCCCCUCACUGCGCACUACGCCGUCUCUCUGCCAGGGGAGUGCUAGACAGCUGGGGCCCCCGACUUGGGUGCAGAUCGUGGAGACCCCCCACCCCCACCCCCUGCCACACACACACACACACACACACACACACACACACUCAUCUCGGCUCCCUCUCCUUGGCACCAAAGAUGCAGCCGCCUUCCUUGAUCUUUCUCUGGGGCCCUGGAGUCACAGGACCUGAGUGAGACCUUAGAGGCUAUUCUCUGU